UAUGACAUUCUAUGUGCAUAUAUAGAAUGUAGUAUAUAUAUACAUUGUGCGUAUGAGCAUAUGUAUCAGCGCUGGUAUUGUCAGGACGAGGAUGUAUACAAAAAGUAGAUCUGAAAAUCCAGGUAUAACUUUUAUUGGGAUGAAUCAUAUCGUGUUAAAUUGAAGAAACAAUCGAUUAAAAAUGCCGGCGGUGAUCGUGGGCCCACCUCAGCGCAGUGAGCAGAUGUGGCAGGCGUUAAAAACUCAUAUUAUUAGAGAAAGACAACGAAAGAAACAAGAACAAGAAGCAGACGCAGAGGAAGAACGAUUAAGAAAAGAAAGGGAACGCCAGCAGAAACAAGAUGUAAUGACUUUAGGCGAAACUAGAGAACAAAUAUCCACUCUUGAGAACGAGCUCUCCCAAUUGAAGGACGAAAAACAUCAGUUGUUCUUACAAUUGAAGAAAGUUUUGAACGAAGACGACAACAGAAGGAGGCAGUUAAUUAAAGAAGCAAAUGUCUGCUCUGAAGUAUUAACAGCAGUGGGAGGAUAUCCUGGAGCAGGCCCUAGAGUGGUUCAUCCGCAAGUGUUCCUUCCAUUACCACAAAGCAGUAGUCCUCUUUAUAAGGUUACUGUUGGCACACCAACGCAUACUUUACUGCCUAGUGGACCAUUAAAGAGAACGCACAGUCCAUCACCACCACCAACAGCCUCUCCAUAUCAUGCCGGCUAUGGAUACAAACCAGCACCUUCGAUUCCAAGUUAUAAUCCUGCACCCUCCAAAUCUGAGGAAGCUGCUAGGAGAUCUGGCGAUUCCCGAGCUGUUCUCUGGAACAAAAACAAUCAGUAUUCCGCCUCCAGUUUUUAUUCGACACCUACUGGUCAAAGCGUUUAUAGUUAUUCGGCACCUACCACGCAACCGUCUCGGGAACCCGAACCCACCAAGUCCGUGUACCUUACUGGAAAUAGAGGAACUCUUUCAACACAUCAAACAGCGUAUGUAACAAGCUUGCAUUCACUGGAUCACAAAGGUGCCUACGCGGAGGAUAAGUUUUAUUUGCGGCCAAGUAGCCAUGUUACCGUUCAUGGUGGAGCUAUUCCAAUUCAACAGCCACCACAGGGUGCGAAAACGGGAGGAAUUACGUCUGGAUAUCCAGUGAGAGCACCACAACCGCCACCUGCUCCAUAUCCUCCACCGCCACCUGGAACUUAUGUUAGUGCUUCUGGCGCUAACGUUCCAGGUCGAUUGCUAUACUCUCAACCUGGUGCGAGAUAUCUUCAGAGAGAAGUUUAGGGUAUAUUGUCAUUUGCUUGUAUCAAAAUAUCCCAACGCAUCUGUAUAUUUGUCAGCACCAUCUUUGUAAACAAAUUUUUAUUUAUAUAUUUCUUUCUCGUGUUUGGUAUAUAACUUUAUACAAAUAUGACUAUUAAACGUUUGAACUGAGAUUAACUACUUACGUUCUAAAAUUAAAACAGAGAGGAAAUAUAUUUAUACGUAAAAACAAAUUCAAAAUAAUUUCAGGAUUCUCAGGUCUUAUCAAGCGUGUAAACUAACACAAUAUUAAUUAAUACUACUUCUUACGUUAAUAAACAUACUCCAUUAUUUGAUUGUAA